ACCGAAGCGCCUCCGGAAGUGGCCGAAGCGCGGGCGCCCGUCCUUCGGGCGCAGCCGGAAGGGUUCCGGAAGGGCUCGGCGCUGAGGCAGGGCUCCGUCGGGACGAAUCGAACCGCGGGACCCGGGACGCGGGCCGGGGGGCCGGAAGCAGCUGAGCGGGCCCGGCGCCGGCCUCGGCGCGUCCUGGGCGGGAAGCGGCGGCGGCGGCGCGGGAUGAGCCGGGGCUGAGGAGGCGGCGGCGCCGGGGCCGGGGCGCCGAGCAGGGCCGAGCAGCACCGGGACCUUCCAGCGGCCGAGCCGGGCGUCCGCGGGCCCCGUCGGGCGGCCAUGGCGGCCAACAUGUACCGGGUGGGGGAUUACGUCUAUUUUGAGAACUCCUCCAGCAAUCCUUACCUGGUGAGAAGGAUUGAGGAGCUCAAUAAGACUGCAAAUGGGAAUGUGGAGGCAAAAGUUGUCUGCCUUUUCAGAAGACGGGACAUCUCGAGCAGCCUCAAUAGCCUGGCUGACAGCAAUGCCAGGGAGUUUGAGGAAGAAUCCAAGCAGCCAGGAGUCUCCGAACAGCAGAGGCACCAGCUGAAGCACCGGGAGCUUUUCCUUUCCAGACAGUUUGAAUCGUUGCCAGCCACCCAUAUACGUGGGAAAUGCAGUGUGACAUUACUGAAUGAGACGGACAUUCUGAGCCAGUACCUGGAGAAGGAGGACUGCUUCUUCUACUCCUUGGUGUUUGACCCUGUGCAGAAAACCCUUCUGGCCGACCAGGGAGAGAUCCGGGUUGGCUGCAAGUACCAAGCAGAGAUCCCCGAGCGGCUGGCCGAAGGUGAAUCUGAUAAUCGAAAUCAGCAGAAGAUGGAAAUGAAAGUCUGGGAUCCAGACAACCCUUUGACUGACCGGCAGAUCGACCAGUUCCUCGUUGUUGCCCGAGCGGUGGGCACCUUCGCCAGGGCCCUGGACUGCAGCAGUUCUAUUCGGCAGCCGAGUCUGCACAUGAGCGCUGCGGCGGCCUCCCGAGACAUCACCCUGUUCCACGCCAUGGACACUCUGCAGCGGAAUGGGUAUGACUUGGCCAAGGCCAUGUCCACACUGGUGCCCCAGGGCGGCCCCGUGCUAUGCCGGGAUGAGAUGGAAGAGUGGUCGGCCUCCGAGGCCAUGCUUUUUGAGGAGGCGCUGGAGAAAUACGGCAAGGAUUUCAAUGAUAUCCGUCAGGACUUUCUCCCCUGGAAGUCUCUUGCCAGUAUUGUCCAGUUCUAUUACAUGUGGAAAACCACUGACCGAUACAUCCAGCAGAAAAGAUUAAAAGCAGCCGAAGCUGAUAGCAAACUGAAACAGGUCUACAUCCCGACCUACACCAAGCCGAACCCGAACCAGAUCAUCUCUGUGGGGUCCAAGCCUGGCAUGAAUGGGGCCGGAUUCCAGAAGGGGCUGACCUGCGAGAGCUGCCACACCACCCAGUCAGCACAGUGGUAUGCCUGGGGGCCCCCCAACAUGCAGUGCCGUCUUUGCGCCUCCUGUUGGAUCUACUGGAAGAAGUACGGGGGGCUGAAGACUCCCACACAGCUGGAGGGGGCAGCCCGGGGCACCAGUGAACCACACUCCCGGGGCCACUUGUCUCGACCUGAAGCCCAGAGCCUUUCUCCAUAUACAACCAGCGCCAACAGGGCCAAGCUGCUGGCCAAGAACAGGCAGACCUUUCUGCUGCAGACCACUAAGCUGACCCGUCUUGCCCGUCGCAUGUGCAGGGACCUGCUACAGCCAAGGAGGGCUGCCCGCAGACCCUAUGCCCCCAUCAACGCCAAUGCCAUCAAGGCCGAGUGCUCCAUCCGGCUCCCUAAGGCAGCUAAGACGCCUCUCAAGAUUCACCCCCUGGUGCGACUGCCCUUGGCAACCAUCGUCAAAGACCUUGCUGCCCAGGCACCUCUGAAACCAAAAACCCCACGAGGCACAAAGACACCGAUCAAUAGGAACCAAAUGACACAAAACCGGAGCUUGGGGGGCAUUGUGGUGAAGCGUGCCUACGAGAGUGUGGUUCCCUUUUCAGCCAAUGGCAGGCCCCUUGCCUCAGGGAUUCGCUCAAGCACACAGCCAGCAGCCAAGCGGCAAAAGUUAAACCCUGCUGAUGCUCCCAACCCGGUGGUAUUUGUGGCCACAAAAGACACCAGGGCAUUACGGAAGGCCUUGACUCAUCUGGAAAUGCGGCGGGCUGCAAGGCGGCCCAACUUACCGUUGAAAGUGAAGCCGCCACUGCCUCCGGUGCGGGCACCAAUCCCACCACCUCUGCCCCCACACCCUGCCAGUACCAAUGAGCCUAUCGUCUUGGAGGAUUGAGCAUUCUGGGGGAAGGGAAGAGAGUAGAGGGGAGGGUGGCUUCCCUCCCGUGCUGUGGACAGGGGCAUUUACCUGUGUGCUAGGGUCCUGGGAGGGGAUCGAAGUGCUUGUUGUAGCUUCAGACACCAAGUCUGCUCUUCCUUGGCCUUCUUUAGGUCCUGGAGAAGCAGGAAAGUCCCCACAUGGUAUAGCCUGUUUGGGGGGGUGCAAAGGACUCAGUCCUGGGGCAGGUUUUUUUGGGGGGGAGGGUUUUUUAAAGUUUUUUUAAUUUUUCCUCCCCUUAUUGGGGAGUGUGGGAGGGGAAAGUAAGGUACCAGUUGGUACCUGUGGGGUUGGGGCGUGCGCUGCCAUGUCUCAAGUCUUGUUUUUUCUAAUUUGGGGUUUGACUCCCAUCUGAUGUCUGGACUUCAUUGGAGUUCGAGGCCUGUGAGCAUGAGCACUGCCAGCUCCUGGGGCUCACUCCCCUUUCCCUUCCCCCACACCCCUGCCUUUUGUACACCAACUCAGAAAUAAAGACCCUUUGUCCGUUUUUUAACCUUGGAAUCUGUAAUCCGUUCUUAGAGCAACAGAAAUAAAAAGCUGUUUUUCUUCA